CUUCCCUCGUCUCCUCCGCACCGCACUGUGCCCCUUUCUUCCCCAAAUCCGAUCCGCGCUAAUUAAACCCCUACAGUAGCUGAAGCCCAGCAUCCCUUCCCUUCCGCACCAUGUCCCCCGCCGCCGCAUGCCGCGGCAACCCGCCGUCGCGGUCCGCCAUCGUGGCCGACACGGCCACCGGGUACCACCUCCUCAGCAUCCACGGCUACUCGCGCACCAAGGGCACCCCCACCGGCUCGCCCCUCAAAUCCACCCGCUUCACCGUCGCCGGCCACCGCUGGCGCAUCCACUACUACCCCAACGCUGACCGCGCCGACUCAGCCGAUUACAUAUCGAUGUACCUCUUUCUAGACGAGAAGAGCAACGCCACCAGGAGCGUGAAGGCGCUGUUUCAGAUUCGCUUCGCCGAUCAGGUGAAGGCGCAGCCUUCACUGGCGCUCCAUGCCGUAAGAACUUUUGGUGAUGGUUCUUGGUCCUGGGGCUAUGCGAAGUUCGUCAGGAGGGAGGUUCUCGAGAAGUCCAAGGAUCUCCGAGACGACUCUUUCACCAUCCGGUGCGACAUUGUCGUCGUCCGCGAGUUCGUCGCGGAGGAGGCGACCGAGAUACUCCCCGCUGGAUCCUUUGUAUCCGUGCCCCCGUCCGAGAUGAACCGGCAUUUCGGUGACCUGCUGGAGACCGAGAAGGGCGCCGACGUGGUGUUCGAGGUCGCCGGCGAGAGCUUCGCCGCGCACCGGUGCGUGCUCGCGGCGCGGUCGCCGGUGUUCGGAGCCGAGCUCUACGGCCUGAUGAAGGAGGGCGACACUGCUGGAGUCGUACGCAUCGAAGACAUGGAGGCGCAGGUGUUCAAGAUGCUGCUCCGCUUCGUGUACACUGACUCUUUGCCGGAGAUGGAGGCGGAGGAAGACGUCAUGUGCCAGCAUCUGAUCGUCGCGGCGGAUCGGUACGACCUACAAAGGCUCAAGCUGAUCUGCGAGGAGAAGCUGUGCAAGUACAUUGGCGUAUGCACGGUGUCAAACAUCCUGGCACUAGCUGAUCAGCACCAUUGCGACGGGCUGAAGAAGGCGUGCUUCAGUUUUCUUGGCUCACCGGCAAACCUCAGUGCUUUCGUCGCCGACGAUGGCUUGGACCAUCUGAGCAGGAGCUGCCCCUCUCUUAUGAAAGAACUGGUUGUUGAGCUGGCACUUCCGCCGAGUCAUGCUUAGUGUUCUUGUGUUCUAGAAAUGGCCAAUGGUAGUUUUUGGUUAAUGAAUCUGACUGUUUGUCAUCAGGCAGUUCGCUUCUCUUCUUUUAUGCAGGCAUGCAGCUGAACUCCCUGUGUUUAGGCCUUUUAUCAUGUAUAUAUGAAAUUAUGACUAAA